AUGACUAAGCCAACGGAUCCUAUCAAAAUCAACAAAUGGGAUGGGCCAACUGUAAAAAACACAUUGGACGACGCUGUAAAACAGAUACUGAAUGAUAGGGUCGGUUGGAAAGAAUAUCAUUCGCUAAUGGACGGCAGGCUACUGAUUUCGUUUAUUGCCGUUUGUUUUUCUGCAACUGCUAUUGUUUACGAUUAUAUUCACCCAUUUCCUAAAUCCAAAAUCGUUCUUGCCGUCUGUUCGGUGACAUAUUUCAUUCUUAUGGGUGUACUGCAAUUGUAUCAAUGGUACGUUGAGAAGCGUACAUUUUAUCAAGCUGAAGAAUCAGACGGCAAACAGAAACGAAUAUGGAAAUGGAGCUCUGAAUUGAAAGCUUACGACGACAAAUACACGCUUUCGGCAGAAUUCUGCAAAGAAUCACGAUCUGGUCAGGGGAAAAUCACAAAAUCAGUUGGUGCCUACAUUAAUGAAAAUGGAGUGGUCCUUGUUCCUUUGCUGAAGAAAGAAGUCGAUCAACUGUAUGAAAACCUACUCAAGGGCGAGAACUGA